ACAUUAUGCGGAACAGUACGCGUGCGCACGGAGCCGUGUUCCACACGCCGCACUAUUUAUGAAGUGGCCAGGAUGCCUGAGCGGAUUAUCCGAAAGCGGAGCGUCCUCAUUGCGGUCGCCUGCUUUGUGAUUUCCAGUCAUUUUAACCUAUUUUUGUCGGAUCAGCGUGUUUCGACACUCAAAUGGGUUAGAUGAGCGAGGCUUCAACGCCGAUUAUAGAUUUUCGCCGUGCUGCGAAAAUGGGCAGUUAGGAUUUAUUUAAUCAGACACCUAGGCAAUGAAGAGGAAAGAACAUUUAUACUGGACCAGAUUUCAGUAUCCUCGUCCGUAGUUUUUUUUUUUUUUUUUUUUUAACUUUAUUUUUGCGAGAUGAUCGCAGAGUUGGUCUGUAGUGUCGUGGCUCUGGUCCUGUACGUCAACACACUGGGCGCUGGUUUCUGCUACGAUGACAGCCGUGCCAUCAGAUCCAACCAGGACCUGCUCCCGGAGACCCCCUGGAUCAACAUCUUCUACGACGACUUCUGGGGCACGCUGCUGACGCACAGCGGCAGCCACAAGUCGUACCGGCCGCUGUGCACGCUGUCCUUUCGGCUGAACCACGCGCUGGGCGGGCUGGAGCCCUGGGGGUACCACCUGGUCAACGUGAGCCUGCACGCGGGCGUGACCGGGCUGUUCACCCGCCUGUCCCGCCUGCUCCUGGGGGGCGGGCGCUGGGCGCUGGCCGCCGGGCUGCUCUUCGCCUCGCACCCCGUGCACACCGAGGCGGUGGCGGGUGUGGUGGGGCGGGCUGACCUGGGGGCGGGGCUCUUCUUCCUGCUGUCUCUGCUGUGCUAUACGCGGCACUGUGCCUUCAGGCCUGGCCCCUCCACCAGCCCCGCCCCCGCCCCCGGCCCCAGACCCGCCCGCUGCUGGGCGUGGCUCCUGGCCAGCCUGUUGCUGGCUGCCUGCAGCAUGCUGUGGAAGGAGCAGGGCAUGACUGUGCUGGGCGUGGCCGCCGCCUACGACUUCUUCAUCUGCCACAGGCUCCGCCUCCGACCGCUUAUCCACCUGCUGCGCGAGGGGAGGAGCUGCAGGGUCAUGCUGAGUUUGAGCUUGUUGGCCACUUGGGGCGCUGUUCUCCUGGCGCUUCGGCUGUACUGGAUGGGGAACAAACCGCCCAGCUUCUCCAGUUCUGACAACCCGGCGGCAGACUCGCCAAGCCUCCUCACCCGGACGCUCACCUUCCUGUACCUGCCCGCCGCCAACCUGUGGCUGCUCCUGUGUCCCAGCACGCUGAGCUUUGAUUGGUCCAUGGACGCCCUGCCGCUCCUGAACACGCUCUCUGAUUGGAGGAACUUGCACACAGCUGCCUUCUGUGCUGGGCUGCUGCUUCUGGCCCACUUUGGCCUGCGCAGUCCGGUUCAGUUCUGCCAAGAUGCCAAUGGCAGCACCCUCGUCACCGAAGGCCACAUAGCUAACGGCAACACCCACAUAGCUGACAGCAACGCAUGCAUCACCAACGGCAACACCCACAUUGUCGACGGGAAACCCAGCUCCAAGGGGCACAGCUGCCACCCGGAGCCUAGAGAUGAAGCCAGCAAGGCCCACUGGUGCCCGGCAGGGGCAGCGGGCAGGACUGCCCGGCCCAGCGCGGAGGGCGUGGUGGCGUUCUCCCUGGCACUGCUGGUGCUGCCCUUCCUGCCCGCCUCUAACCUGCUGUUCUACGUGGGCUUUGUGAUGGCAGAGCGGGUGCUGUACCUCCCCAGCAUGGGCUUCUGCCUGCUGCUGGCCCUGGGGCUGCGCUCUCUGUGUGCCCGCCUUGGCACCCUGGCCGCCCGCUCCGCCCUGCUCUGCUGCACCUCCGCUCUGCUCUUCCUGUUCGGGGCCAAGACUGUCCUCCGGAACCAAGACUGGCACAGUGAGGAGGCGCUCUACAGGUCGGGGAUCGCUGUCAACCCUGCCAAAGCGUGGGGCAACCUGGGAAAUGUCCUGAAGGACCAGGGCAAGAUGGCGGAGGCAGAGAGGGCCUACAGGAACGCACUGUACUACCGCAGCAACAUGGCCGACAUGCUGUACAACCUGGGUCUGCUGCUACAGGAAAGACAGCAGUUCUCGGAGGCACUGCAGUACUACACACUGGCCAUCGGGAGCAGACCCACACUGGCCUCUGCGUACCUGAACACAGGGAUCAUCCUGAUGAAUCAGGGCCACCUGGACGAGGCCAAGCGCACCUUCCUCAUCUGCGCCAACAUUCCUGAUGAAAACCUGAGGGACCCCCACGCCCACAGGAGCUCUGUGACCAGCUGCCUCCUGAAACUGAACACCUGGAGAGACACUCUGGGCCAUCAGGAGGAGGCCAUCGCUGUCUUCAAAGAGGCAGUGCAGAAAAUGCCCCACCAGUUCGCCCCUCAGAGUCUCUACAACAUGAUGGGAGAGGCCUACAUGGGACUGAACAGGCUGCAGUUGGCUGAGCACUGGUACCAGGAGUCCCUGAGAGCCAAACCGGACCACAUCCCCGCCCACCUGACCUACGCAAAGCUCCUGGCCAUCAGGGGACGUAAACUAGAAGCUGAGCGGUAUUUUCUGAAGGCCAUUGAUCUGGACCCCGGGAAAGGAAGUACUUACAUGCAUUAUGGGCAGUUCUUGAUGGAAGAGUCCCAUUUGGUGGAGGCAGCUAAGAUGGCUGAGAGGGCUGCACAACUGGAGAUUGGCCAGUUUGACGUGGUGUUUAACUCCGCCCACAUGCUCAGGCAAGCCGGCUUCAACAGCGCCGCUGAGAAGUACUACGAGCUAGCAGCCAACCAGAGGCCCAAUGACCCAGCAGCUCUGAUGAACUUGGGGGCCAUACUGCACCUGAAUGGGAAGCUGCAGCAGGCAGAGGCCAGUUACCUGCAAGCUCUCCAGCUCAAACCUGAUGAUGUCAUCACCCAGUCCAACCUACGUAAGCUCCGGAACGUCAUGGAGAAGCAGGGCCUGAAGACAGCCAAGCCAUGACCCCCACGACCCUGUGACCCCCCACCAUGGGCCAAUCACAGCACUGCUUUCCCCUUCACUGUGAGCAGCAAGGGUUUUUAUUGGGGGAGUGGGAUGUUCCCCGCUCUGCGCUGAUCAGAGCACAGCUGGGAGCAUCACUGAAGAUAUCUGGUACCCUGUAGCCUUGGCAACAGUAACCCAGGGAACCCCUGGCUGACUAAGUGGAAGAGGACUACAGAUGAUUGCUGCUCGCAGAGAGGAAGACUGAGGGCUGAACGGUGUUUACAUGCUCUUGCCAGUGUUGCCGUGGUUGUGCUCAUUGGCAGAGAUGAUCAGGACUGAGCCUAGCUUGGACCACAGUGCACAAACUCGGUGCCACUUGAAUAUGCUUUGCAUAUGUCUCUUUCAUGAACUGGUGAUUGAAACAGAACUUAAUUCUAGGUCUGAUGUCAUCUACAGACACACUCAAUACUCCACCGUGCCCAUGCACGCUUUGUGCCUAAAUUUAAUAAACAUAUUAAGCAGGUUUUUUAAAUGAUUGUUCUCAUAAAAUGUUUUUCACUGCUCUCUCGGUUUUAAGUCUUUUUUUAAUUUUUAUUUUAUAUUAGUCUGUGUGAUAAAAAAAAAAAGAAGAAAAAUACAGAAUACAGUCAGGUGUUAUUGUUGGGGUGAUUUAAGUUAAAUAAUUGCCAAAGCUGAAAUUAAUACAUUUAAUGAACAGACAAGGGCCGGUGUGUGUGCAUUUUAGUCUUUGUUCUGCAGUGUUAGUUAGGGUUAGGGUUUUACUGUCUACUAUUACUGUCAGAAAAAGUUUCAGCAUCACAGGAACUUCAUCUCAACCCCUUCUGUUGAAAAGAAGACAUUUUUGGGACUGUUCACGGUGCUACAGACAGAGGAUGAGAUCACUGAAAUAAAAGCAAAGAAAAGGAGAAGAACGUGGUUUAAACCUUCACAUUUUGCAUCCAGUUUCUUCACAGCGAGAAGGUUGUGGGUCAAAUACCUGCUGGGGCCUUGUAGAGAUAGUAUGUUCUCCCUGUGUCAUGAACAGUUGUAACGGUUGUAACGACUGGUAUGCAACUGUUAUACUCAAUAGUUGGCGAGUGGGCAGAUUCAGAGACUGUCCUGUCUAUUAGCGCUGUCCUAUGGGCCACCGUGAGAAUACACGAUGACUGUAUGUCUAUUAGCGCCCUCCUAUGGGUGAUUGUGAGAAUACACUAAACACAAUGACUGUAAUUCUUUUAGCGCCCUCCUGUGGGAGAUUGGGAGAAUACACUAUGUACAGAAACAGCCCAUUAAAGCUGAGAAAUCUAGCUGGAAGGCAAGCCCAAUCCCCUAUUGUACAGACAGGUGCAAACAGAAUUUAAACAGUGGUAACCGUAGCCCGUUGGUUCCCAAACCUCUCCUUGGGUACCCCCAGCCGGAUCCAGGUAUUUUAUGUAUUUCAUCUCACCAGAUGUCACGAAUCAAGGGCUCAAUUAGUAACAGAACUUUUUUUUGUAAUAACAUCUCCAUGGUACCAAGAUAAGAGAUGCAUAGUAACAUUGCUGUAAAAGUUUGUAAAUGUUUGUAAGAAGCCUCGGUAAAAAGUGUUAAGGUCAAAUAGCAUUAGCAGAGCCCUUCUUGUGGAAACAAAUGUCCGCUAUCCAAUUACAACGUUUGCUUGGGAAAAGAAUGAAGGAUGACAUGAAGUUUAUCGUUAUAGUUCGAGGUUAUCAAAAUUGCAGACUACAAAAAAUACCAAAUAAAAUGGAAAAGCCAUCCAAAGAUUAUAAUGACUGCAAGUGGAGCAUCGAAUGUUAGCGAACGUAUGCAUGUAUUUUUCCCAUUACAUUGAAUCCCAAUGUCGAUCCAGCCAAUAGGGGCAGUAUUUUUCAGGUUACUGAAGUACUACGGACCUGCCGCCAACCAACGAAGAAGAGCCCCUGAUAUUCCGGGUUUGAAACCCCUUAUUUAUUUUCCCAUGAUUCUCCAGUACAGUUUGCUGUGUUUGUUUCGGGUACUCUGCGCAUUUUGUACAAUAUUUUAUUGAAAUAAAAAAUGUCACUACUUUUGUUUGCUGCCUUUUUUAGAGCUAUGCCGACUAAAGGUCAUUUGCAGUCUGUCCAAGUUUUUGCACGUAAAGAGGGGCAAUGGUCUGCCAAGUGAAUGGCAGACCGUUGGAGAUGAUUGAACCGAGCACCGUGCAGUACAAGCUCCUGAAGUCCGUCCUGCUCCUGGGAAAAGAGUGAUUUGCGGGAGUGGACAUCCCAGUCCGGUGAAGGGGGGAGGAGGCAUGGCCCAAAUCUACCAUGUAGAUGAAGCCUCUAAGAAGUAGACCUGACAUCCUGAUCCAGUACCACGGGACCCCGCUGGUGGCCGACUCCCGCUGCUGUGAGUCCAACAGGUUUGGUGGACCUGGAGUCCGCGCUUGCUACCAGAAGUCUGACCGUUAAAAAUGCCAUGUUCAUUUUUAUAUACAAUAAGAAUAAAAAUGGGCCAAAUCAGCUUCAGACACACUGUUUAUACUGGUCUUUUACUGUGGUUGCUUUUUGUUUUCCAACCAGCCUUUUACUAAAGGUAGACUUAACAUUCCUGAUUUAGUUUUCUGUGUUAGCUGGUUUUUAAAAAAAUUUUUUUUCUAUGAUUACACCUACAUGUCAGAGAUCUGGACCAAAAAGAGUACACAGUACUUUACUUUGGCGGGAAAAAAUCUAUUUAAUCAUGCUUCACCCUGCUACAGAAGAUGGUCUGUAUUUAUGAACCUGCAAAGUGUUUCUCUGCUUGUUUGAGUGCUACUGUGGGGAUUGAUGUUGAAUUAAGAAUGCAGUGAUUGCUUGGUACGGAUGUUGAAUUAAGAAUGCAGUGAUUGCUUGGUACGGAUGUUGAAUUAAGAAUGCAGUGAUUGCUUGGUACUGAUGUUUCCGGCCAAUGGUUUUCAAACAUCGGCACGUUGUUUGCAAAACACAAUUGCAAUACCACAAUUUUAACAAGCUUCAUUUUUUAAAAUGUGAAAAUGUGACUUUUUCUUCAUGGCAUGUAGCCUACAGCAAUUUCUUGUCAGGAUAAAUAAUCCCUCAGAUAAUGAAAAGCGCAAUUAAUUUUUCUUAACAGUCCGUUAAAAUGCUCCUACUUGUGCUUGUAACAAAAACCAGCAUGUAUGAGUCGCCAGGGCCGAGAUAUAAAACUCUAUAAAUAAAGUUUGAUUGAUUGAACCCCGGUUGUAGAUUACAGUUGUCCACUGGGGGGCAGUGUUCUGCAAGUUAUUCGGGGUAAGUGCUGCUGUUUAGCGCAGUUGAGAAGCACCUGGAUGUCUUUAAGCAAAUAGUCCUUUCCAACGCUUUUGUUCUGAGUCAGUGCUUGGUGCUAAUCCAAGCCUGAUGAAGCUUCGAAAAUAGGCAGGAUACCACUUUAUGACCCUUUAACGAAGUUGCUCUUUUUAAUUUAAUUUAAUUUAAUUUAAUUUAAUUUAAUUUAAUAUUUAAUAUGAGGACGGUGUCUAGCACAGUGGGUAAGGAACUGGCCUUGUAACCGAAAGGUCGCAGGUUCGAUUCCCGGGUAGGACACUGCCGUUGUGCCCUUGAGCAGUAUAUAUCCAGCUGUAUAAAUGGAUACAAUGUAAAAAUGCUAUGUAAAAAAAGUUGUGUAAGAUGCUCUGGAUAAGAGCGUCUGCUAAAUGCCUGUAAUGUAAUAUAGUGUCAGUCAUCUGUUUAUCAGGAAUGCUUUAUUUAGUGCCCACGCGCCUGUCGCUGUUUGUCGAGAGAAAGCCCAGUCAUAAUUCAUAAUUGUCUUUUGAUGGUAAAUGGUAAAUGGACUGCAUUUAUAUAGCGCUUUUAUCCAAAGCACUUUACAAUUGAUGCCUCAGUCGCCAGAGCAGUUAGGGAUUAGGUGUCUUGCUCAAGGACACUUCGACAUGCCCAGAGCGGGGUUUGAACCGGCAACCCUCCGACUGCCAGACAAUCGGUCUUACCUCCUGAGCUAUGUGUAUAAAGGAGAAGCGCUCUUGACUGUCGUGACAUGGUAAGGCACAGUUAACUUCAGAUUGCAGGUGCUUGUGAAGAAGGCAGAUUCUGACAGGUGCGCUGUUGCAGAGAUGUUAGUUGUAAGUAAUCCACCUACUGUUACAGGUAGAAUUGACAAACGUAAUAUAGUAAAGAUUUGUUAGGGUCGUCCGCAUUGAUUUCUGCUGUCGCUCAACUCGAAAAUGGAACUCUGACAUUCCAACGCACGAGUAUAGUCAAAUUCCUUCAUUAUUUUACGCCUGGUUUCCGAUUGCCCCAGAAUUAAUAUAAAGCGCAAUUUGAAAGCGCUGCUGCCUUGGAUAGUUUUAUUCUGCCAAUUUAUUAUUUUUCAAGGUAGAUUCCCGAUCACGUAUGCCAGAAAUAUGUGCGCUUAGCAAACAACUACAGCUCUGAAUAAUCGGCUACAUUCACUACAGUAAUACAGAAAUGUAACUGGCAGAUUACCUGAAAUUAAGCAGUUUCCGGUCACCCUGAAAUAAGAACUUUAAAUUUGUACUUUAUAUGAAAGUUGCUAACCUUUACAACCAUAACAGUCGAUGUGUAAAAUGUAUACUUUAAAAAAUGAACACGUAAUAGAAGUAAAGUCUUGUAAUACGUUGCAGCAACGUUUCCAAUGUAAAAUCUAUUUGUAAUGAAGUACGUGCGGGCCCUGAUGGACUCGGAACUUCAAGCGCAGAUAGAGCACUGAGGAGGAGGUGGCAGGCUGUUGUGGCUGCGUAUGGUUCUUGUACCCGCUACUAAGGCUCCUGACUGUUUGUUCAAUGAAUAAAGCGUAAAAUUACCAA